AUGGCUGUCAAUAGCACUUUAACGCCACCAAUUAGAAAUGAUAUUUGCGCAAAUCCAGGGUGUUGCGGCCAGGACUGUUCUUACCAGGGACUUUACGAGCUAAUUUAUGACAUAGACGUAUCAGACCCUAAAGCACUUAGUGAUGUUCUUGCUAGUCUCUUCGCACCAGCCUUAAACAAGCAAGUCACUUCAAAAACCGAAGUUAGCAAAUUAACUUAUGCAUGGUAUUCGGCAAACUCGGCUAUCUUCAGAGAUAAUCCUCAAUGUGUCAAAGAAUUCAUGUUGGCUUGGAUAUGUGACAAGUAUGAUACAUGCACCUCAGUUGAGCCGCUGAAGACAUUGCUCGAUAAACUUCCUGGUCUUUUUGCAAAUCUUUUACCCGAUGAUAUUGUCACAGCAUGGACUGUCAAGAAAGCGCUUCAAGAGGCAAUGAAAAUGGAUGCCUCGGUUGCAGAGAGCUUAAUUGCGUCGGCAGCAGAACUUGUGAGAUUGAGCGACGUCGAUUUUCUCUAUGAUAUUGGUAAAUGCUAG